UGCGUUCGGCUUCAGAUGCUACAACAACGUUUUGUCACUUAACAUUGUGUGAUCAAUUUUAAAUACCGCUGCAAUAACGUUUUCUCUCAGCCCGCCACCUACUCCAACUCAGUCAUCGCCAGUUCCGUCAACCGUCAAAUUGGCUGGCUGGACUAAUUUAUCUAGCCGCAGUAAGCACUUGUUCUCCGCCGCAGUAAGCACUUCUACUCCGCCGCAGUAUGCCCAUCCAAACAGCCCCUUAUGAGACCGUAAUGUCCUCCUCCUUCCUCUUCCUCUUCCUCUUCCUCCUCCUCCUCCUCUCCUCCCUCCCCACCCCGUCCCUCUCCCAGCUAAACGCCACCGUUCCGUGCCCCCUCAACUUCACUAUCCUCCGCCAGUUCGACCCGGGCUCCCACAACCGCCAACGCUACGACCGCAACACCGAGUGCCAGUACCUCGUCCAGGGCCUCCGGUUCGUCGACUCCGAUUACCUCCGCCGCACCGGCAACUUCCUCCCCCCGCUCAACGCCUCCGAGUCCUGCUGGACCGAUUACCAAGCCCUAGUCAACGAGUUCGUCCCCAAUUUCGACAUUCGCGCCAAGUGCGGCUUCCAGACCAGCUGGAUCUCCGAAGGAUGCACGAACGUCUCCACCAGAUCCCAAUUCGAGUCCCAAGUGGGAGACACCUCGCUCAGCGACGUCACCGCCGCCUGCAACCAGUCUCUCGAAAACGGCUCGCCCUGCGCCCUCUGCACCACCAGAAUGUCCUUGCAGAGCUCGCGGUUGACAGGCGAGUCCGUCGGAAACGUCUCCACCUGCACGGCGUACCCGUCCAUUUACGUGGCGGCUUUUGUCGGACCGAUCAAUAUGGGCACCGCCGUGUGCUUGUUCUCGCUCAGAAGCCCGGCAAAGAGCUCCGGUAAGAAGAAAAAGACUGUAAUUUUGAUUGUAUUGGUUGUUUGCGGCGUUGGCUUGCUGGUUGUGGUCGGCGGCGUUUGGUUUUUGUGGCAUAAAUAUGAAGAAUUUAUGAUUAGGAAGAGGAAAAAGGAUGCUAGUGAUAAAAUCGAGCAGGGAUUAGGUUCUGCUUUAGAUUCAAUUAGUGGAAGUACUAAUUUAAUUAAGUUUAAAUACGAGGAGAUUAGUGCUGCAACUAAGAAUUUCUCUAGGGACAAUAUAAUUGGGAGAGGAGGAUAUGGGAAUGUGUACAAGGGAAUUCUGGAUGAUGGUUCUGAAGUUGCAUUGAAGAGGUUCAAGAACUGCUCGGCUGCUGGCGAUGCAAAUUUCGCCCACGAGGUUGAGGUGAUUGCGAGUGUUAGGCAUGUCAAUCUUGUUGCUUUGAGAGGUUAUUGCAUUGCCACUACUCCUUUGGUGGGUCACCAGAGGAUCAUUGUGUGUGAUUUGAUGAAGAAUGGGAGUCUCCAUGACCAUUUGUUCGGUUCGUUUGAGGGCAAGCUUAGUUGGCCUAUUCGUCAGAGGAUCGCGCUGGGGACGGCGAAGGGAUUGGCUUAUUUGCAUUACGGGGCUCAACCAACUAUUAUCCAUAGGGACAUCAAAGCUAAUAACAUACUUUUGGAUGAGACAUUCGAGGCCAAGGUAGCAGAUUUUGGGCUUGCGAAGUUUACACCUGAGGGAAUGACGCAUUUGAGCACGAGGGUGGCUGGAACGAUGGGUUAUCUUGCUCCAGAGUAUGCGUUGUACGGGCAGUUGACAGAUAAAAGUGAUGUGUAUAGUUUUGGUGUUGUGCUCCUUGAACUUUUGAGUGGAAAGAAAGCGCUCCAUGUGAUUAAUGAUAAUCAACCGUCACUUGUGACUGAUUGGGCGUGGGAGUUGGUUAGGAAAGGAAGACCGCUGGAUGUUAUUGAAAAUGAUAUGCCGGAGAAAGGUUCACCCGAAGUUCUAGAGAAGUAUGUAUUGAUUGCCGUUCUUUGUUCUCAUCCACAGCUGCAUGCUAGGCCAACGAUGGAUCAGGCUGUGAAAAUGUUGGAAACAGAUAUAUCGGUUCCAUCAAUUCCCGAAAGACCAAUGCCCCUUGUGGCAAAUAUUGACGACAUUGAAAGAUACAGCAGCAGUGGCUCAAUCCAGCUCUCUACUACAGGUGGUUUUCAGACUUUUACAUUCGAAAGUAACCUACAUUCUAACCCUAAUAGAGACGGGGAAAGUUCCGGUACCAGAGAGAAGGGUUGUGACUUGUGAGUUAAUUAACUCGAAGAAGAAAGGAGUAGCGACACUCUGUCUUUGACAGUUCCACUAAUAGGUAUGUUCACCCAGAUUUGUUUUGUUAGCGCAGAUUGUGUGGUUUUUUAUUGAAAUUUCUCACUGUAAAUAUGAAAUAGAUGUAUGAUCAAACCCGAUUCUUUACUCAAGUCAAAUAGAACAAAUUAAAUGUA